UAGGAUCAGCCGGGCCGUAUCGGAGGGUGAGAGUCGUGACCAAACGUCCUGCCGCUCCGUAUUACGGAGGAGAUGGAGGACUCAUCCAGGGCAGCGAGAGAUCUCAGGAACACAGAGACGCACUGCUGUACCACAGGCAGGAGGCGCUGUAUUUCUGUAACACACUGCGUGAGGAUCGUCCGGAGGGACCACAGCCGCAUCUCAGGGGUGGCGGUGCAGUGACCUCUCAGCCUGGGGUCAGAGGUCAGAGGUUACCCCGUCCUCGGCCUGCAGUGAACGGAGGAGAGGACGCUCUGCUGCAGGCCAUCAUGAGUCUGGAACGAGAGGUUGAUGGUGACUCCGUCAGACGCAGACUCGCCCCGUCCAGCUCCAGAUCCGCCUGUGUGCACAAACAACACCAAAACACCAGCGCCGCGACGCCCCCGCCUGCUCGCCCGCAGAUCUGCACUAAACCAGAGAAACACAGGCCAUCCGGUGAUCUCUCUGGAGGAUCGAAAGAAGGUUCUCCACCCGCCUCUGUGUCAGCCAGCAAGAUAUUUUUUUCUGACCAGGAUAAGAUUCCCGGUUUGGGCGGAGAACCGGAGGAACCGACUCUGGAAGAACAUUGUACUCAGGCCAUCAUAAACAAAGCUCGGGAGAUCGAGAAGUUGUACAAACAGGACUGCGAGACUUUGGGAAUGGUGGUGAAGAUGCUUAUAUCCAAAGAUCCAACUCCUGAACAGAAGCUCCUGACAGCGCUGAAAAAGAACCUGGUUGAUAUCAGGGGCGAAAUGCUUGGAAAACCUCAGCCAAUUCAUCUCCGAGGUGAAUGCAUUGCUCAAACCAGACAAACCUAACCACAAUCCAUAACCUGACCAUGAAGUGCUUGUUUGAUUUUUGCCAACAUAGCUGUCAUGUUAUUCAGCACAGCUACAUGUCCUAAGCCCAUUUGUUAAGUUUAAAUUAACAGUUCAUGUUCACCUUAUAUUUUGUAACUACAGUAAAUGUGUUUUUAUUGUAUUGAACUAUACACGUGGUGAUUUCCAAAUACUACUCAUACUUUUUUGGCAGUUUAGCUUUACUUCUCACAUUUUCAUCUCCAUUUGAAAUGUUGUGUUUUUGCGGUUACGUGAUGAUACAGUUUUGAAAAGAAUGCCAAAGAAAGCAACAUGUUUGAUAUUAAACUGUUAUUUCCUCA